AUGGUGGGUUUAGAAUUGUGCUGGUGGAGAGAGACAAGGUUAACUUUGGAAGAAGUCUUCAGGAAACCUCGUGUUAUGGGAACCUUUCCCUUCACGACUGUAUACGAGGUUAUUAUUUGGCCCUCAGCUGUUGUAGGCUUCAUCAGCGCCAUAUUGAACAUUAUAGGCGUAUAUUAUUCACUGCAUGUCGAACUGGAAGCAAGCAUUUUCGGCUUGCCAAUAGGAAGGUUAGCAAAAGCUAUCGUUACUACCGUUAGCAACGUUUCCCAUCCAAUAUGGAUGAUUGGCAAUCAUAAAUGCGUAAUUCAACUUUUGAGGUCAAUCGCAUCAGUGGAAAAUGAACUGGACAAGAAAUCGCUGAAAUGGAAUCGAAAGCAUACGCUGUCUUAUAUAUGGCAGUAUCUCUCCCUCCACGAUGUUCUCAGAUCGCUGAUGAACAGAAUCAGCGAACUCGACGAUGCCGAAUCCUUCGUAAACAGCUACCAUUCCUUAGUGACGGCCUAUCGUGCUGUUGAUAAACUUUACGGAUUGCAGUUAAUUGUAUACUUCAUCAUGGCAAUGAUUGAUAUCGUCCAUAGCUUGCACUUCACUUUCUCAAAGAAUGAACUCGAUUGGUUGUUCAUCUGCCAGGUCCUUUGGACUUGCUAUUAUUCAUUCAUUGUGUUUCUGAUUGUUGAAAAGUGUAACUCUUCUGUGGCACAGCAGGAUUCAGUUACAGCUCACAAGGCCAGGUUAACUCAGCAUUGGCUGCAGAUUAUCGGCUUUGGUCCGAACUGGAGAAGAUGGCAUGCCACAGAGCACACCCUAACUUGGAAAGCCACAAGCAAUAUCUGGUCCGAGCAGUUAAGCGCUUUUCUCAAAAAGUGCUGCGUACUGCUGUUGAUGACUGGCCCUGUAGAUUAA